AUGCCGUGUAUUGUGAUGUGUGGUUUUCCUUGCAGUGGGAAAAGCACGCGUACUAAGGAGAUCAAACAGUAUUUGGAAGAGCAUUGUAAAGUAGCAGUGACUGUUUUUAGUGACCACUCCAUUGGAGUAAACAGAAACCUCGUAUACGCAGACUCGAAAAAAGAAAAGGAAGUGCGUGGUACGUUGAAAUCUGCCGUUCAGAGGCACAUUAACAAAGAAGAUGUUGUGAUUUUGGAUUCCCUGAACUAUAUCAAAGGUUUCAGAUAUGAGCUGUAUUGCAUAACAAAGGCAUGCCAAACCCCACAGUGUACAGUAUUCUGCGAUAGUAACAAAGAUUCCGUGUCAGCUUGGAACCAAGACAGACCUCCAGAGGAACGCUACACACAGGAGAUACUUGAUGCCCUGAUAAUGAGAUUUGAGCCUCCAAACUCAAACCAGCGAUGGGACAGUCCACUGUUUACAGUUCAGAGCGAGGACAUAUUGUCAGGACAACAGAUUGUUGAUGCUUUGCUCAACAGAAAGCCUCCUCCUCCAAACAUGGCUACACAGAAUGUAAGUCUACCAGAGUUAAGUUCACUCCCUCCUCUAAACAUGGCCACACAGAAUUCUGUACCAGUUCUCAUGGCUGCACAGAAGACCUGUGUACCAGGGGAUGAGAUACCUAUACCGGGUGCUAAGGAGAAGAUUACAGUACUGCGACCUUUAACCUUGGGAGAGCUACAGCGUCAUCGUCGACAGUUCAUUGUAUAUACAAAAAUGCACCCAGUCAGUGAUACAGAAAUGCUUUGUAAUAUGUUUGUCCAGUAUCUUAAUAAAGGUCUUCGGUGACUCCAGUUUUUCUUAAA